AUGUCAGCAAAAUCGACAAAAGGUCCAGGCGGCAAGAAGCCAGCCUCUGCAGCAACAAACCUGGUCGCUGGUGGAGGAGCAGGCAUGAUGGAAGCUCUGGUGUGCCAUCCUCUCGACACGAUCAAAGUGCGCAUGCAGCUUUCAAAACGAUCGCAGCGUGGUGUGANNGGCACUCGUCGCGGCUUCAUCCAGACCGGAGUUCAAAUCGUAAAGCGCGAGACGCCACUUGCCUUGUACAAAGGCCUUGGUGCUGUGCUCACCGGCAUCGUCCCCAAGAUGGCUAUUCGCUUUACCUCGUACGAAUGGUACAAGCAAGCCCUAGCCUCUGAAUCCGGCGAAAUCACCUCCAAAGCCACAUUCAUGGCAGGCUUAUUGGCAGGAGUGACAGAAGCCGUUGCCGUAGUCACACCCAUGGAAGUCGUCAAGAUCAGAUUGCAGGCCCAACACCACAGCAUGGCUGACCCCUUGGACGUCCCCAAAUACCGCAAUGCCGCGCACGCAUUGUACACGGUGGUCAAAGAAGAGGGAGUGGGUGCUUUGUACAGAGGAGUCUCGCUCACGGCGUUGCGACAAGGCACAAACCAAGCUGCAAACUUUACUGCUUAUACCGAACUCAAGGCUUGGUUGCAAGAACGCUCUGGAAGCCCUGAGGCUGGGUUGCCUGGCUGGCAGACGGCAUUCAUUGGUUUGAUCUCUGGUGCUGUGGGUCCGUUCAGUAAUGCGCCGAUUGAUACCAUCAAGACUAGGUUGCAAAGAAACCCCGCGCAACCUGGUGAGACGGCUAUUGGGAGAAUCGUGACUAUCGGUAGUCAGAUGUGGAAGCAGGAAGGUAUCAGGGCCUUCUGGAUGGGCAUUACACCUCGCGUCAUGCGUGUCGCUCCUGGUCAAGCUGUCACGUUUGCCGUAUACGAGUACUUGAAGGAGAUUAUGGAAAGAGGGAGGGAUAUGAUACCGGGUGGUAAUUAUGAAGAGUAG